AUUUUAUAUAUCUCCAUUUCUAGAUGAUCAUGCAUAAAAAUGAACAUGUUCAAUAUAUUUUGUUAGCAGAAUUUGAUAUUGAUAAAGGGGCCAAUUUGAAACAUCAAUACCCUACUGAAACAGGAACAGACGAACAUAUAUUAUCUGAACUCAUGUUACCUGAUGGUGCUCAUCUAAGAUCAGAAGAUUGGACCAUCUUUUGUUUAAAUCAAUUAAUUCCUAAUGCUGAUCAGGAUAUUGAACAAAUGAAUUCAGAUCCUGAAAAACCAUUACUUUAUGUACUCAACUUGGUCAGAACUAAACAUGAUGCAACUGCUAGAAGAGGUGCAAUAGUAAAAGCAAUGGCUAUUUGUACAAGACAUCAAUACUUGCAUAUCUACAAACCUGUAUUGCUAUUAGCCAUGGAAAAAUAUUUUAACAAUCCAAGUCUUGAAAUUUUAGAGUCACUUUAUAAGGCAGUGAAUUCAAUGGAUCUUUCACAUAUGCCAAAAUUUACUUGGCAUGAAAGACAAAUCUUACGUGCUUCAGAUAAUAGAACUAUGUUUGAAGAGAUGUUUAUGGAUAAAGACAAUGUCACUGCUGCUACUACUAAUAAUAAGAUGUUGAUAGAAGAUAUGGAGGAUAAUAGAUUAAGAAGAGGUACUUAUAUUGACUUGGCUUCAGGUCAUGUUCGUGAAAAGAUAUCAGCACUAAGUAAGGAUAGACAUUUUUAUGAAACAAAGAUUGAAUAUGAUGGUAUCAAGCUGCCUAUCAAAAUCCCAUUGACAGUAAAUGCAGAGGAAGUAGGAGAUUUUUCGGUUAUCAAAUUAAUUAAUACCUUUACUCCUCAUCAUAGUCAGGGAUCACCUAAUCCACAUCAUCCUCAUCUAGAUAGCUCAGGCCCAUAUACGCAUCCAAUCAUAUUAUUAUUAAAUGCAUUACUUACACAAAAGAGAAUUAUUUUUCUUGGAUAUGGUCAUCCCUCAGGAGAGGUAGCCAAUUAUGUACUUGCUGCAUGUGCUUUGGGAAGUGGUUGUGGAACAGUUUUGAAAGGCUUUACUGAACGUGCAUUCCCGUAUACUAAUUUAACAAGUGUUGACGAUUUAUUAAAAUGUCCGGGAUUUAUUGCAGGUGUUACAAAUCCAACUUAUGAAGAACAUACAAGUUGGUGGGAUGUAUUAUGUAAUAUUAGUACGGGUAAAAUCACUGUAAGUGAACAUAUUCAAACAACUGGAAGAAAACAGUCUAUGGCUUUAACGGAGGAUAUAUUAACUCAUCAUCGGAACUCGAGUCUUACUACGUCCAUGCAUUAUCGUAGUGGAGCUGGGAUAGAUGAGAAGAGAGGAGGAGGAGGAGGAGGUGUAGUAGAGGAUAGUAACGUUGAAUUCAUGAAUGAUGUCAUAGCUUCGAUUCAAGCCCAUUAUGGAGAAACAUCCAUUCGUGCAAAAUUCCAGGAUUAUAUUUAUCGAUUUGUUCGAUUAGCUGCCCUUUAUGAAGAACAAGUAUAUGGACAGACGAAUAUUAUAUGGUCAACAAAAAAGAUGUCUAUUUUAGGAUAUGGUCCAGUAUUUCAAGAUGAGAGUUCAAAACAAAGAGAAUUAUGCGCAAAUGCUCAACGUAUUGAAGGAUGGAGACAAACGAUAUCCUAUAAAUACUAUCAAAGAGACUUUAAUUAUUGGAAACAGCAUUCAUGUAUAAAGGAUUUAGAUGUUUAUAAUCAAAUUAAUAAGCUAAAGAAGUUGAAACAGAUACCGGAUCAAGAAAUAGCUUCCAUUUAUGAAGCAUUUUUGAAUAAUAUUAUUACACAUCGACAAAUGAUUGAAUUUUUGUCUUUUUUACCUCAACAUCAAGGUGGACUAUCUCCACUUGGUAUAGGUUUAUUUCAUUCUAAUCCUCUUAUUCGAAGACAAGCAGUUGACUUGUUUCGUCGCUUGGAAAGGAAUCCAGUGGGUAUCAAAUUCAUACAAAAUUUAUCAAAGUUCCAAAGAAUUGCAUAUGAAAGACAAGCUGCUACUAUUAGUGUAGUUGAUCAGCAUAAAUAAUUGUAUUCCCUAUUUAAAAUAUAUCCACUGUCAAAGUCACGACGCGAAAUUUAUUUAUUUAUUUAUUUUUAUAAUCGCGCUUUGUUUAACAAUAAAUCUUUUUUUUUU